UGACAGCUGGAGGAAGUACCGGUACUACUCACGAUCAGUACGAGCUCGCAUCGGAUAAAAACGAUGCACUACCGUACGAUAAAAACCAGCAGUCAGCAUCGAGCUACCGCUGGUUUUGCUUUAAUGCUGUCCAUCUAAAAAUAGCCUAUAAACCAGCGCUGAAACGCAGUAUUGUAUUCAAUGCUACAUACUAAAGUACAAAACUUUAACGGGGAGAUUCCUUGUGUUCCAUUAAUUUACCAUCAGUCGGAAGUGCCGUACCUAUGUAUCUGCGCAGACAGCACGGAAAAACUUAUUAUAAAGCAUGUUCUUCUCCAGUGCAGCAAUCAAGAUUUGUAUACCGCAAUAACUGCAUUAACAACUGAUUAUUCGAAUAAAAAUCUGAGAAUUAAUAGUGUCACUUGUUUACGAUUUGUGGAUAAACUGCGCAGAUUCACGUGUACAAGUAUAUCUAUACGAGUAUACCCGCCAAUGUCAGCCAAAAGCGAUGCAAACCUGUUUCCUGCGGAAGAAAUCCGAAACGCACUGGAAAAGCAGGAAGAAGGACGCUUCGAAGCGCUGUCAUCCCAACUGCGAGGUUCGCGGAAUAUGGUCAUCCGGCCGCUUCAGCAGGACGAUUACAAGAAGGGAUACAUGCAGUUACUGGCGCAGUGCAGUAAUGUUACGCCUAUACCGGAAGAAGUAUUUCUCCGGCAAUUUCGUCGGAUGCAAGCGCUAAAUGGAACGUUUUACGUUGUGGUCAUCGAGGACUUGGCGACCAAUAAAAUCGUGGCAACAGGCUCAUUGGAAAUUCAGUACAAAUUCAUCCACUCAGUCUCGCUACAAGGCCGCAUCGAAGACCUGAUGGUUGACCGCGAGGAAGAAAUCCAAGAUUACCGUUACCAAGACGGCAACCUGGCCAGCAUAUUAACUAACGUCUUAGUGAGUCUCGCCAAAUCCCUUGGCUGCUACAAAAUCCACGUCGACAGCCCGGAGCCGUUCGUCCGCUUUUAUAAUCAAUUCGGCUUUACAACGGAGCCUGGGAUCGACGCCCUGGUGGCCCGAUUUCUGUCCAAGACAACUCCAUAAUCAAUUUCAAGCCCAAUAUCAUUUAUGUAAUUAAUUACAGUGUUUAUAAACACUCUGAUUUAGCACAACACAGCGUUAAAAUACACUACGAUGUAAAAAUUGUGGAUAAAUUUCUAUGCAGUCUUCCUCUGCGCAUUAUACUCAGAAUAUCGAAUAAAAGCGUGGAUCCAAUGGCAGUU